AUGGAUACCUUGUUUUUCACUGUGAACGGAGAGCGGUGUGUUUUGUCGGGCUCAGAAGUAACACCAGUGACUUCUCUCAAUGACUACCUGCGUGACCACCUCGGCCUUUACGGCACCAAGGCCAUGUGUCAUGAAGGAGGCUGUGGCGCAUGCGUGGUCUCCGUAUCCACUACUCAUCCAGUUACGAAGGAGAAACGAGAACUAGCUGUUAAUUCUUGCUUAGUACACAUCCUAUCGUGUCACCAAUGGGACAUAACCACAAUUGAAGGUCUCGGAAAUCACAAAGAUGGAUACCAUCCCUUACAGAGGCGAUUAGCUGAGUACAAUGGUACGCAAUGUGGGUAUUGCACACCCGGGUGGAUUAUGAACAUGCACAGCCUUCAAAAAAGCUCUGGAGAUAAUUUAAGCAAAAAACAAAUAGAUAGAGCUUUCGGUGGUAAUAUGUGUAGAUGCACUGGAUAUAGACCAAUUUUGGAUGCUUUUAAAAGCUUCGCAAAUCAAUCUGAAAAUGUUCAGGACCUAGAAGAUCUUCACAAAUUGAAUUGUAAAUCGACUUGUAAGAAUAAAUGUAAUGACGGCUGGUGUUUUAUAGAAAUAGAUGUUAUUAGAGAAUUGCAACUUGGGUUAAAUCGUUGGUUUAAAGUUUAUACUAUUAAUGAUAUUUUUAAGGUGAUAAAUAGAGAAGGUGGAGAUUAUCAACUGGUGGCGGGAAAUACUGGAAAAGGCGUUUAUCCUAACACAAAGGAACCAAGAAUAUACAUUGAUAUAUCUUCUAUAGAUGCAUUACACGAUUUUUCUAUUGACGACAAUUUAGUAAUCGGCGCUGGGAUGACUAUUACUGAAUUUAUAAGUGUUUGUGAUCGGAAAUCUCAAAUGAACGAAGACUUUUUAUAUAUGAAGGAAUUUGUCAAGCAUUUGGAGCUGGUGGCACAUGUGCCUGUUAGAAAUAUUGGUACAAUUGGCUGUGUAACUAUAAUGGAUGCCAAAAAGCAGAAAACUGUUAAGAAUAUGAGGGACUUUAUGAGAAUGGAUAUGACCAAUAAAAUAAUCUUAAAUAUCAAAUUACCUCCGUUAUCGUCGAAGAACCUAAUUCGGACUUACAAGAUAAUGCCUCGUGGCCAAAAUGCACACGCCAUUGUAAACGCUGGCUUUUUAUUUCACAUAGACGAAAACAACAAAGUAAUAUCAUCAAACAUUGUUUUUGGUAAUAUCAGUCCAGAUUUCAUUCAUGCAAAACAAACAGAGUAUUUCUUGAAAGGGCGAGAUAUAUUCAGUGAAGAUGUCCUAACGAGUGCUUUGCAUACACUAGAAGAAGAAAUGGCCCCAAUAGAGAACCCUCCCGAACCCUCGCCGUUUUGUAGGAAGGCUGUUGCUCUGGGGUUAUUUUAUAAGGCUAUAUUAUCUCUAAGUCCGUCAGUAAACCCUCGCUACAAAUCAGGAGGUGAUACAUUAUCACGGCCAGUAUCUCAUGGAACCCAGACGUACGACACUGACAACUCAUUGUGGCCCUUAAACCAGCCUGUCAUGAAGCUGGAGGCUUUAGCGCAGUGUUCCGGGGAAGCUCGGUAUGUGAGUGACAGAUAUAAUACACCUCGCGAUGUCCACGUGGCCUUCGUAUUGUCCACAAUAUGCCUUGGAGAAGUAGAGUCUUUUGAUGCUACUGAAGCAUUGAAGUUAUCCGGCGUCAUAGCGUUUUAUACCGCUAAAGACAUUCCUGGUAGAAAUUCCUUUACACCAACAGAAAUACCAUGGACAUCCGUAAAUGAAGAAAUAUUACCAGCUAAAGAAAUAUCUUACUAUGGUCAGCCAAUCGCAAUAAUAGUAGCAAAUAAUCACAAAAUGGCGGUGAAAGCGGCUGGAAUUGUUAAAGUUACUUAUAAUAAAUCGAACCAAACGCCAAUUUUAAAUGUAAAAGAUGCUUUGAAUGCAGCAGAUAAAGAAAAUCGAAUCCGCGAGGAAUCAUCAAUAAAACCAAAAGAUAGAGGAACAGACGUCGUCCACACAAUAAAAGGAACGUACACAAUCCCAGACCAAUAUCACUACACCAUGGAGACUCAGAGCUGUACAGUGAGCAACACACGUCGCGGCCUCGUUGUACGGUCGGCAACACAGUGGAUGGAUUUAGUACAAACUGCCGUUGCGAAGUCUUUAAACUUAUCCUUGAACAGCGUGACGGUAGAAGUAACCAGAAUCGGUGGAGGUUAUGGGGGCAAGGCGUCCCGGUCUUCGCUAAUCGCUUGCGCCUGUGCAUUGGCCGCAUAUAAGCUGAACAGAACAGCCACACUUGUGCUCCCUCUGACUCAUAAUAUGGCUGCGAUUGGGAAGCGACAAGCAUGUUAUGUUGAAUAUGAGGUAGCAACAAACAGUGAAGGCGUAAUACAAUACGCAAACCUAUCAUAUUAUUCAGACAAUGGUUGUAACUUUAAUGAUACUGCAGCUGGUGCCAUCACGGAUGUCAUGUCCAACUUAUACGAUACCUCGCGGUGGGAUGUCAAAGGAUACAGUGUGCUUUCUGAUAAGGCCAGUAAUACCUGGUGUAGGGCUCCAGGAACCACGGAAGGCGCAGCCAUCAUGGAGCAUAUUAUGGAGCGUAUUGCAUUCACAGUAAAAAAAGAUUCUUUCGACGUGAAACUACUGCAUAUAAACAAUAAAGACGUAAACGACAUGAUUGAGACAUUCAAACUGGAAACUAAAUAUGAGGAACGUAAAACUGAAAUUGCAGCGUAUAAUACUGCUAAUGCUUGGACUAAGAAGUCUCUUAAGACAUCCCUUAUGUCGUUUCCUGUAGAAUAUGGUGUGAAUUACCCAGUUACAAUCUCAGUAUAUCAUGUCGAUGGCACUAUUCUAAUAUCCCAUGGAGGUAUUGAAAUGGGACAAGGUAUCAAUACGAAGGUGGCUCAAGUCUGCGCCUACGCAUUAAAGGUACCUCUUAAUAUCGUCAAAGUAAAAGGUGCGGAUAGCUUUAUAUCUCCAAAUGCAAUUGCCAGCAGUGGUAGCGUUACCAGCGAGUGUGUAGCCUUCGCUACGGUAAAGGCCUGUAAGGAACUGCUGGAAAGGCUGGAACCAGUGAAGCAGGAAAUGAAUGUACCCACUUGGCCGGAAGUUGUGAAGGCCGCGUUUGAUAAAGGUAUAAAUCUCCAAGUAAGUGCAAUGAUGUCAAGUCUAGACUCGCUCAAAGCCUACUCAGUCCACGGCAUAUGUUCAGCGGAAGUUAUCAUGGAUGUGCUGACGGGAACUCAUCAGAUUCUACGCGUAGACCUCACAGAAGAUACGGGGCAGAGUCUGAGUCCUGCAUUGGACGUUGGUCAGAUUGAAGGUGCCUUCAUCAUGGGGCUUGGUCUAUGGACAUCAGAGCGUCUAGUCUAUGCUCCAUCCGGCCGUCUCUUAACAGAUCGAACCUGGAACUAUAAGCCUCCAGGGGCUCUAGAUAUACCAGUGGACUUCAGGGUCAACUUUAAACGGAACUCGUAUAAUAAUAAUGGAGUUUUGAGGUCCAAAGCAACCGGCGAGCCGGCUUUAUUACUAUCAGUGGUGAUCACUCACGCCCUCCAAGAGAUUGUUAGCGAAGCAGUGAAGGAAUAUGGUACUAUGGAACCCGAGUGGAUACACGUUGAUACACCAUACUGCGUUGACAAUAUACUGCAAGGAAUAUCUCCUAAUUUAAGACAUUAUAAAUUAAAAUAA